GCCGCCGUACGUCAAAAAAAAAUCCUCUGGCUGCGGUUGGUUUCCGAGUUUGCGUUGUUUAUUCAGAAUUUAGAAGUAAAAUAAUCAAAUUAAAUUGUUUCUAAAAAAGCCGGGAUAAUGGCGCAGCCGCAUUUUUCAUUGUCGUGGCAUUUAUACAAACAGAGUAUUUGCAGUGGGUUGAGUGCUUUACAACAGAACGGAGAGUUUGUGGAUAUGACCCUGGCGGCGGACGGCCACCAUGUUAAAGUGCACCAGAUGGUAAUGUCGCUCGUCAGCCCGUACAUUAAGGAGCUCCUCUCUUCGAUCCAAUGUACUCAUCCAGUCAUUUUCCUAAACAAAAUGUCUCAUGCAACUUUGUGUGCCAUACUAGAGUACAUAUACACUGGGGAAGUCCUGGUGAUGAAGGAGAACCUGCCGGCACUGAUAGAGGCUGCCAAGGAGUUACGUAUAAAGGGCCUUGAGGACAUGAAAGUAGAGGUAUCCCAUCCAAACUCGGUGUCUCAGACAAUGCUUGCCACCAGCAAUGAAGGACGACCUCUCACACAGACUGGUUAUUUCAAAAAAUCUCAGCGCACCGAUAAGAGCACCGAAGAACAAGAAGACUUGUGUAUACCAACGUACAAGAUUAGCAGAUCUUCAAAUAAAGAGUCAGGAUCAGAAUUGACCACAAUGGUCAUUGACGAUGUGGAUGAGCAGAGUAUGGAUGACAGUGUCGACCAGGAGUACGACGACGAUGUCAUAGAAACAGAACAAAACGAGCCACAAACAAAUGUUGGUGUUACUUCUGCAAAUAAAAACAAAAUACCCGAUACCCAAAUUCAAUACACGAUAUCGAACCAGGGCGCUUUACAGAUGAUACUGAACCGAUUUAUGUACUACCUGCGCUAUACUAGUCGGAAGAGCUCAAAUCGACAAUGGCGGUGUAUGGAUUACACAAAUAAACACAAAUGUCCAGCCACUAUGAUCACUAAGGAUAAUGUGGUUGUUAAACGGUUUGGAGUGCACAACCAUCCGUUCCACGACCAAAGGAUAUUAAAGAAAGCUCGGGAAAAUUUAAUCUACUCAGCUAUGCACGAUGCCGAAGCGAUGGGCCUAAAUAAGAAACAGAUGUCCAAAAUGUUGCCAGAGAGGAGAAAAAAGGAUACUAUUACGGAUACUGUGUAAAAACUACAAGACCUCACGACUAUAUUCUCCACUGGGGCUGUCAGAUGUUCUGCCUUGAUGUAGAGGAAAACCGUUGUCAAACCAACGUGAUAGGUGGAGAGCCGUACCGCCGUCUGUGAUGGUCGAUAGCCAACAACCACCCGUGUUUGUAAAUGUAUGGAGAUUCAAAAAGUAAUAGAAAUAUAAACAUAAAAACAUAGCAUCACGGCUGUAUCCCCGAAGGGGUAGGCAGAGGUGUAUAGUAUAUACACGCACUCACCCACCCAUGUGGUAGGGAGCAAGCCUAUUAAAAAAGCACAUAUAUAAACUCGCGGUAUUUCCCGCCGGGGUAAGCCACAGAUCCUGGAAACCACGUGAUUUAAAUUAUAUAAGAUCCAAACAUGAAUUUAUACUCAAGUGGAAUACAGUUGUUUAGAGCUCGACCUGGGAUUCUAACCAGAGACACUAUGAAAAAAAUAAAUAUGAAUUUUGUUUUCUAAUUGGCAACACUGAAGUACAUGUUUAUAGACAGAGAGACUUUACUCCCGCCCACAAAUCUUAUUGCGCUAGGCAGAACCACAAGUCUCUCUAGAAGACGACUUGUGUACACAUUUAUGGGAAUGUAUUUAGGGUUGACCUUUGAACCACAUCUGUUCCGCUAUCGCGUUAUUUUGACAUUUGGUUUGCUCACAGUAUAGCGCUCGGCCGUCUCGCUCUAGCAAAUGAUUUUCCUGGGUGACAGAAAAGGAUAGAAGCAUAGUAAAGUGGGAUGCGGUGUCGCCUAAUGCAGUUCAACCCUUACAUGCUAAGGUUUCAAGAAUUGUGCCACCACCGACAUUUUUCAUUACUAUAUAGUAUUAUAAUGGCCUCGAUUCCUGCAGACACCUCCUAAUUUUAUUUUAAGUUAUACCCAUCAUUUUCUUAUCCGCCGAAAAGGAAAGGGACGGAUUAUUGUUAAUUUUAAAAUGAAUGAAUAACCCGGGCGAAUAAAAUGGCAUUUCGCUGAUAUGCAAUCCGUUUGACGUGUGCUGUCAAUAAGUCUGUCGGGUUAUUGGCCGAUAUAAAAUUUUGGGAGGAAUUGCUGCCUAAAAUUGACGUAUGUUCCAUAAAUUUUGUUUGUCGAUUUCCCGUCUCUUUCCUUUUUCGGUGGAUAAGAAAAUGACAGGUAUAACUUAAAAUAAAAUUAGAUGGUGUGUACGCACCAGCACCAUUGCCUUGUAAAUAGUAAUUGAACUACCUUAGACUAAGUAAUUGUUACGAGUACAUACUUAGCAGACUUACAUUUUAUGGAUUUGUAUAAAGAUACGAAAGCCCGAAUGUAUUUAAAUAAGUCUGAAUAAAUUCAUUAAAUUAUA